AUGGCGUCUUCUCCGAUCAUCUUUUCAGCUCUUCUUCUCUUCAUCAUCUCACUCUCAUCAACCUCAUCUGCUCAGCAAUCUUUCCGACCAAAAGCUCUCCUACUCCCAGUCACAAAAGACCAGUCUACCCUCCAAUACACAACCGUCAUCAACCAACGCACGCCUCUCGUCCCCGCCUCCGUCGUCUUCGAUCUCGGUGGUCGACAACUCUGGGUCGACUGCGACAAAGGCUACGUCUCCACCUCUUACCAACCCCCUCGCUGCAAUUCCGCCGUUUGCUCACGCGCCGGCCCCUCCGGCUGCGACGUAUGCUACUCUCCUCGAGGACCUGGCUGUAACAACAACACUUGCGGCUCACUUCCAGAAAACACCGUCACCGAUAUCGCGACCUCCGGCGAGAUUGCUUUAGACGUUGUGUCGAUUCAGUCAACUAACGGGUCGAAUCCGGGUCGGGUCGUUCAAAUCCCCAAUUUAAUCUUCUUUUGCGGCAGAACAUUUCUGCUUCAAGGCCUUGCUCGUGGAACCGUCGGCAUGGCUGGAAUGGGACGCCACAACAUCGGACUGCCGUCGCAAUUCGCCGCCGCGUUUAGUUUCAAUCGUAAGUUCGCCGUGUGUCUCCCUUCUGGAGGAGGAAGAGGCGUCGCCUUCUUCGGCAACGGACCCUACGUGUUCCUCCCCGGAAUCGAGAUCUCCGGACUCACAACCACGCCGUUGCUUAUCAAUCCGGUGAGCAUCGACACUGCGUACACGCCAGGCGAGAAAUCGUCCGAGUAUUUUAUCGGCGUAACGGCGAUCAAAAUCACCGAGAAAGCGGUUCCGAUCAACGCAGCGCUCUUGAAAAUCAACGGUGACACCGGAUUCGGAGGAACCAAAAUCAGCACCGUGAACCCGUACACGGUGAUGCAGACAUCGAUCUUCAACGCAUUCACAUCGGCGUUCGUCAGAGAAGCCGCCGCGAGGAACAUCACUCGAGUGUCGACGGUGGCUCCGUUCGGCGCGUGUUUCAGCACGAAGAACGUCGCAGCCACGCGCCUGGGAUACGCCGUGCCGGAGAUCCAGCUCGUGCUUCAGAGCAAUGACGUCGUUUGGAGGAUCUUCGGAGCUAACUCGAUGGUGAGCGUCAGUGAUGACGUCAUCUGUUUGGGAUUCGUUGACGGAGGAGUCAACGCGAGAACCUCGGUCGUCAUCGGAGGGUACCAGCUGGAAAAUAAUUUAAUCGAAUUCGAUUUGGCGACUAACAGAUUUGGGUUUAGUUCCACGUUGUUGGGCCGUCGCACUACUUGUUCCAACUUCAAUUUCACUUCCACUGCUUGA